CUACUAUCUUGCUUUUGUUCAACGCAUUAGUGUUAUAAAACUCACUAAUUGAUUUGUUAUUUCUUAUUACCUGCAAACAUGUGCAUAUAUCAUUAUUUUUAAUUAAGUAUUAUGUGAUAAUUUUUAAUCUUUAGUUGCUAGUUUAACGUAGACUGGUGGUAUAUUUCAUUAUUUUUAAUUUAGUAUAUGUGAUCAUUGGAUAUUUUUUUCAUUAGUUGCAAGUUUGACGUACACUGGUGGUAUAUUGAGGAAUAUAUUAAUUUGUUGAUUGUUAAUGACAUAGCAGUUUACCUUCUAAUUAUUAACAAAGGUCAACAACAUACUGCAAUCAAAAUGUCUUCAGUUGAAUCCAUAAAAGAUAUUAAAGAACGCAAACAUAGGAAUAGAGGUUUUUGCAGUUUCGUUAAAACUAUGCUGCUCAAAGUUUUCCUCUUCACAAGAUACUACAUUGAUAUUCUCAUAGACGUUAUAUUUGGAUAUUUUAAUGACUCAAAGAGAGUUCCAAUUAAAAAAUGUACUAAUCCAAUAAUUCUUGAAAGUGCUACAUCUCUUGCACAAAAAAUAAGAAAGAGAGAAUUAACUUCAGAAGAAGUAGUACAAGCAUUUGUUGACAGGAUUAAAGAAGUAAAUCCUGUUUUAAAUGCUUUGGUAGAUUCUAGAUAUGAAGCUGCUUUAGAAGAUGCUAGAAAAAUUGAUAGAGAUAUAGCAAAUGGAACAAUUUUAGAUGUUGAUUUUCAAGAAAAACCAUUUUUGGGUGUACCAUUUACAACCAAGGAAUCAUCAGCUGUUAAAGGAAUGUCAUUUACCUUGGGUAUAGUAAAGAGAAGAGGAAGAAGAGCUACUUUUGAUGCAGAUUAUAUAACCCUUAUUAAAAACGCAGGAGCCAUAUGUUUAGGGGUGACAAAUAUACCACAGUUGAAUUUAUGGCAAGAAACACACAACCCACUAUUUGGUAUUACGAAUAAUCCUUACAAUUCUACAAGAAAUGUGGGAGGUUCUUCAGGUGGAGAAGCCAGUCUGUUGGCUGCUGGUGGUACACCUUUAAGCAUUGGUACUGAUAUAGGGGGAUCAGUCAGGAUUCCUGCAUUUAUGUGUGGCGUUUUCGGUCACAAACCUACUUCUCAUUUAAUUUCAACAGCUGGAAUCGCAUUUAGAACAGGCGGAGAAGGUGAACAGACUAUGGUGAAUACGGGACCCCUAACUAGACACGCCGAUGAUCUAGCUCCCGUAUUGAAGGUUUUAGUUGGGGAACAUGUUAAAAAGUUAAAAUUGAAUGAUCCUGUUGAUGUUAAAAAUAUAAAAAUGAGUUAUAUUCUAAAUGCGAAAGAUGUUUUAAUUAGCCCAUAUAGGGAAGACAUGAAGCAAACUAUAUUACGUGCGGUUAAACAUUUCAAGGAAAUCUCAACUACUCCCCCCGAAGAAUUAAAUAUUGAAGGUACCAAAUUUGCUGGCAAAUUAUGGAAGUAUUGGAUGAGUCAAGAAUCUGGUGUUAAUUUUAUGAAAGAUAUUACUGACCGAACGGGAGAGGCAAAUCCCAUCGUUGACACAAUAAAACAUUUUACCGUUGGCAGUGAGUACACCACAUCAACCAUCUAUAAUUUUAUAAAUAAACUACUGCCUUCACCGAACGAAGACUGGGCUAUAAAGGAGACUGAGAAAUUAAGGGAACAAUUAUUGGCCAAGCUUGGUAAUAAUGGUGUCCUUCUAUAUCCAUCUGCUCCAUUCCCAGCGAGUUAUCACCAUGCUGCUUAUUUACGACCAUGGAAUUUCCAUUACUUUGUGAUUUGGAACGUACUUAAAUUUCCUGUUACGCAGGUACCCAUGGGUCUCAAUAAAGAAGGAUUACCAGUUGGUAUUCAAGUUGUAGCAGCACCCUACCAGGAUCACUUAUGUAUAGCUGUAGCAAAAGAAUUAGAAAAAGCGUUUGGCGGUUACGUACCACCCUUCGAAACUUCUUAGGUCUAAUUAUUUAUUACCAGGUUUCAAUUUAAAAUAAUAAUGUUUUAGGAAAUAAAAUCCAUUAAUUAAUUAACUUUGAAAAAUUAAAAGUACUUUCGCUUUCUACAAUCUGUAAAUUGAAUUUGUAGAAGAAAAACAAUUGUCAAACAAACAUUUUUAUCUGGUGGAUAAAAUUUUACUUUGGAUAAAAAUCUGGUACUUUAAACGGAAGGUUUUAUAGACGUGAAAACAUAAUUAUUUGUUGUUUUACAUUUUGUCAUCUUAUUUAAUCGAAAACAGUUCUCCUGGUAGAUGAGAAGCUGUACUUAAUCAGUAUUUUAAUAUAAAUGACGUUAAUAUUUUAUUUUGAAAUAUUUUUUAUACUCAGGGUAGAUAUUUAUAAACUUGAUGGGAUUUGUGGAAUUAGAUAAUUUGUAUCUAAAUUUAUUUUUUUUUUUGUAUUUCUAAGAGAUAUAGUUUUGGAUAAAAUAAUAGACGUACUACACAAAUUAAAUA